GAGAGAGAGAGAGGGGGGAGAGAGAGAGGGGGGAGUUUGGUUUGGGUAAGAGAGAGCCGAUUGAUAGCUGGCGAAGGUGGGUUCGGUCAGCGAACGCUUCCACAGCAUUGAUUCCCGGCUCCUAGAUGUGUAGUUGAAAGGAGAGUGAAAGAGGAGAGAAAGAAGAUUUGAGCGUCGUUCGAGUAGCUGUGUUGUCGUCGGGAGAAGAUCUGAGGCUUCGCCGGCGGAAAUGAGCGCGUCUCGUUUUAUUAAGUGUGUCACGGUCGGGGAUGGUGCCGUUGGUAAAACUUGUAUGCUCAUUUCCUACACCAGCAACACAUUCCCCACGGAUUACGUGCCAACUGUCUUUGACAAUUUCAGUGCAAAUGUGGUUGUGGAUGGGAACACUGUCAACCUAGGGUUGUGGGAUACUGCUGGCCAGGAGGAUUACAAUAGAUUAAGACCUUUAAGCUAUCGUGGUGCUGAUGUAUUCCUGUUGGCUUUCUCUCUCAUUAGCAAGGCUAGCUAUGAAAAUGUUGCCAAGAAGUGGAUUCCUGAACUGAGGCAUUAUGCACCUGGGGUUCCCAUAAUUCUUGUUGGAACAAAGCUUGAUCUUCGGGAUGAUAAGCAGUUUUUUGUAGACCAUCCUGGUGCAGUGCCUAUUACUACGCUUCAGGGAGAAGAGCUGAAGAAGAUAAUUGGUGCUCCUGCCUACAUAGAAUGCAGUUCAAAGACCCAGCAGAAUGUUAAGGCAGUAUUUGAUGCGGCCAUAAAGGUGGUACUUCAGCCUCCCAAGCAGAAGAAAAAGAAGAGAAAGGCACAGAAGAGCUGCUCCAUUUUGUAAUCAAAGAAAGACUACUAGGUGUGAAAGAAAAGAUAACCCCUACCAGCCAGUCCUCUUGAUCUGCAGUCUUUUCUCCCAUGCUGUUGUUCCUUUCCUCUUUCCCCGCCUCCCGAGGAAGUUGCAGGCCUUUGGUGUAUUAUAUAUAGUCUUCAACUGACAGUUGUAGGGAGAGAUUUCUGAUUCAGAAUCAGGUGGUUUAUAUCUAGCUUUCUCGGUCUUUUGUGGUCUGCAACCGAUGGAUGACUCAGCAUUACAUAGUAACAUGCGUAGCUCUUCUCUUUUUUUUUUGUUCUCCCAGAUUUUAGGAUUCGUCUCUCAUAUAUUAACCAGAUGGGAGGAAGACCCCUUCUGAAAAGAACCACUGUUUCUUUGCAUGGACAUGAUUAUAUUCAUAUUUUGUAUCCCUAUUUAAGAAUAUGCUUCCAAAGGUUGGCUA